GGCAAGGCCCUCGGGGCUGCUCUUCUCAGCCCCAACUCGAAGGACGGUCCGCGGGGGGGCUCCCUGCAGCGUUUGUCUGCUGGCUUGCGCACCAAGAAGGAGUGGGGGCUGAGGGAGACAUGGAGGGCACGGCUGAAGACCCUGGGCCUGGGGGCUGGCAUUGCACUGGCCUCCAUCCUAAUCUGGAGCAGCCUGGGGGCCGAUGAUGGUAUUGCGGAGGUCCUGGCCCGCCAUGGUGAGGUGCUAGAGGGCAGGUUCAUUGAAGUGCCCUGCUCUGAGGACUAUGAUGGCCACCGAAGAUUCGAAGGCUGCACACCCAGGAAGUGCGGCCGCGGUGUCACCGACGUCGUCAUCUCCAGAGAGGAAGCAGAGCGCAUCCGCAGAGUGGCGGAGAAGGGAUUCUCCCUGGGUGGAUCUGAUGGAGGGGCGUCCAUCCUGGACUUGCACUCGGGGGCCCUGUCUGUUGGGAAGCACUUUGUGAACCUGUACAGAUAUUUUGGGGAUAAAAUAAAAACCAUCUUCUCGGAAGAGGACUUCCAGUUGUACCGGGACGUGCGGCGGAAGGUGCAGCUCACCAUCGCCGAGGCCUUUGGCAUCCGCGCCUCUGCGCUGAGCCUGACGAAGCCCACGUUCUUCUCGCGCAUCAACAGCUCGGAGGCGCUCACGGCCCACGACGAGUACUGGCACGCACACGUGGACAAGGUGACCUAUGGCUCCUUUGACUACACCUCACUGCUGUACCUGUCUGACUACCAGGAGGACUUCGGUGGAGGGCGCUUCGUAUUCCUGGAGGAAGGUGCCAACAGGACGGUGGAGCCCAGAGCAGGUCGGGUUUCCUUCUUCACCUCAGGGUCUGAGAACCUGCACCGGGUGGAGAAGGUCCGUUGGGGCACCCGCUACGCCAUCACCAUUGCCUUUACCUGCAACCCAGACCAUGGCAUCGAGGACCCCGCCUUCACGUAGCCAGGGCCAGGUCCCUCCCACGCCACCCUCGUGGGGGAGCAGCCACACCGAGGCCUGGACCACGCAGAGCAUGCCUUGUCCCCUCCCUCCAGCUCAUGUUCCCAUCGCACAGAGUGCCUUAUGAAUUACCACGAAUUGUAAUUUGCUGGUGUUUUAAUCUUUCAUCUGUGAGUAAAUGAAAGGAGCAGCUUUUCAUCUCAC